AUGUAUAAGUACGUUUCACAUUUCUCAGAGUUGGGACUGCAAAGUCCAAGUGAUGGUGAUGUCGUAAAGAUAUGUGAAUCUGCAGGCCGUGGAGAAGUUGUUGCAAACCUUUCAGCAAGCCUCGGUCCGAUUAGCACGGGGUUCGUGUAUGCCAUUAACACGACUAUCUUUGAAAUUACAAGUAACACAAUAACUGUCGCUAAGGAUUUGGAUGUUGACGUUAACACGCCUGUGACUUCCUUGGGAUUAUCUAUUGAAGUUUCCCAUCCAAACAGUUCAAGAAACGUAACCGUAACGCUAACCAUCACAGUAUGUGAUGAUAACGAUAACGCACCUUUAUUCGGAAUGGACAGCUAUUCGUUUGAUAUCAGUGAAAAAACAUCAGCUAACGCUAUACUUGGAAACCUGUCUGCCACAGACAGUGAUAACUCAAGUCCAAACAACGUGGUGAACGCAUACACAGUCAUUGAAUAUUUUAGUUUAUUCUAG